CGUAUCAGCCUCUACGACCGCUUCCGCCACCUCAGUGGCUGCACCCGGCGUACAUGCACCCGGCGUUUCCGCAUCCGCAGCAGCUCCCUCCAGGCACUUAUCUCCCGCUGGGGCAUGCACCGAACCAGCACUGGCCGGCUCCGCCGUUCGGUCAGCCCAUGCGACCGCCGCCGCUUGGCGUGCCGCUGCCGCAGCCGCAGCCGCAGCAGCCGCAGCAACCGCAGCAGCCGCCGCUGCCGCCACCGGCUCCCGAGGAGGAGGCGCGGCGCGUGAGCCGCGUCGCGGUGUCGGGGCUCGAGGCGCGUCUCAUUGCCGCCUUCCUCGCGGUUGUCCGUCGCCAAAAAACGGCAAAAGUCGGGUGGCUGCAACACUGCUUCCACGGCGACCUCGAGUGGGUCCGUUCUCUCAUCCUGCAUCCGGAGCUCACCUCCCUCCCGGAGAAGGGCGUCUCGAAAGAGCUCUACAACUCUCACUUCACUCGCCUCCUCCACUCCACCCGCAGAGGCACGCCCACCGCAGCCUACACCUUUAACCGCGGCGCGGAGGCUCCCCCACCAGCAGCGGCUGUCGGUGCCUCCGAGCCGGGCGGCGCGGAGGGCGGCGGCAGCGUGGUGCGGCAGCCGGCCGUGGCAGAGAUGCCGCUGCUGGUGGGGGAGGCGCCGCUGGACGACGUCUUCGACCGGAUGAUUGUGAAGGCGAUGGGUGGGGACCAGGCAGUCCAGCCUGAGGCGCUCGAUCGCUCUGAGGCGCUCGAUCGCGCGCUCGCCUUGCUGGGCGAGCCGUGCGCGGGUGUGCGUGUGUCCGAGUCGUCUCUUGUGUUUGGAGUCGUCGAGUGCAACUCUGCCGAGAGGCUCCCCCUCCUCCUCAUCAACGGUUCCACCGGCGGCGCCUACGCGCGCCUCCGAGCCGCCCGCCUGA